AUGCCCAAGGCCCACCAAAAGCGCGGCCGGCGCAUGAAGAGGAAGCAUGAAGAAGACCCCGUCGACGCCGUUGCCGAGAGCAGCUCCAACAAACGCAGAAAAUCUGACACCUCGGAACCCGCGCAAGAAUAUCUCCCGCUGGACGUCGAAAAUCAAGACAUGUCGGCAGCUUACCCUCCAGUCGAGCACGCCUUCUUUGGCAUGCUGUCCGAGCAGGAACAGGAGUACUUCAAACAAGCCGACGAGAUGCUCGAGUCGAAUUCGUUUGCCACUCCGGAAGACCGGUCCAUCUUCCUCGCCAAUGUGUACCGAGAGGCGGAAGGCAAAGAACUCAAGAUUGCUCACAGCCAGUCCUGCUCUCGCCUGUUGGAGCGUCUGAUCCGCAUCUCCGAUGCCACGCAGCUGAAGAAGCUAUUUCAGGCCUUCAGUGGAAAGUGAGUAGAUGAAGAGUAUAUCAACCCCACGUGCAUCGCCACCUCGCUGACUCUAAUUUCCACAGCUUCAUUACCCUGCUCUCCCACCGCUUUGCUUCGCACUGCGCCGAGACACUCUUCACCUGCGCUGCGCCAUCCGUCAGCGAAGAGGUCAAGGGAGGCAACCAAAAAUCGGAGGAUCCCCAUGACGUCUACGUCUCUCUGGAGAAUCUGUUUCUGCACACGCUUGCCGAGCUCGAGGGUAACAUUGGCUUCUUGCUGACCGACCGAUACGCCUCUCACGCACUGCGAAUACUGCUUCUGGUCCUAUCCGGUCAACCUCUCGCCACCGACUCCAUCAGGGCACUUCUUCAGAGCAAACGGAAAGAAGGCGUGACAGUCGGUGGUGUGAAAAGUCAUGAAGACGCAGCAUCGCAAGAACGCACGGUCCCCGAAUCAUUUUCAACUGCUCUUGAGAAGCUCAUCUCCGACAGCGUGGCUGGACUAGAUACGGCUAAGCUGCGUGCUCUUGCAACUCACACUCACGCCAAUCCCGUACUGCAAUUAUUGGUGAGACUGGAGCUCACUCAUUAUGGAAAACAGCGGGCGAAAGACGAGCGAUCAAUCAUCCGGACUCUGUUACCUGACGAUCCACUUACCGGCGACUGCGAGAGUGCCGCGUUCAUUGGUGGAAUGGUCUACGAUCCCGUCGGCUCACAUCUAGUCGAGACGAUCAUCGAGUGUGCUCCAGCGAAGCUCUUCAAGUCUCUGUACAACAACUACUUCAAGGAACGACUGGCGCAGUAUGCUCGCAACGAAAUGGGCACAUAUGUCGAUUGCAGGAUUUUGGAGCGGUUGGGCCAUGAUGAUCUACUUGAGGCCCAUGAAAUCAUCUGUCCGGUGAUUCCCACUUUACUGGCAAAGCAAUGGACGAGUCUCACGCGCACCCUUAUUGAACGCUGUGCAGUCCGCGACAUUGACACCCAGGCAAUCGCCGUACAAAUCGAUCAAUCAUUCCCCGGGCCAGAAGGCUUCGAUGUCGCCAAGAUGCUCAAGAUCGGGAGCAAGUCGAUGCCGGUAGAUGCAGAGGCAGAAGGUACUGGUCCUGACGAAAGAGAUCGUGCUCCCUCACGAACUACAGAGCCGGUCAAGGUACACCUCAACAUCCUCGCUCAGGCGAUGCUCAUCGUGCCUGGAUCGUUGAGCUCGCUGAUCCUCGAUGCCCUGAUUGCGCUCCCGUCAGAAUCGUUGACCCGCAUGGCCGAAGACUUCAUCGUGACACGAACACUCCAACAAGCUCUCACGACGAAGAAUGCAUCGAUCAUCGAACGCCGAAAGCUGGUCCAGCGCUUCUACGGGAGGAUCGGGGACAUGGCGUUGGACAAAUCCGCAUCACACGUGGUGGAUUGCAUCUGGGAGGGCACGCAUGGCCUGGCAUUCAUCCGCGAGCGCAUCGCGGAAGAACUGGCGGAGAACGAGGCGGCACUGCGAGAAUCCGCCUACGGAAGAGCCGUGUGGCGGAAUUGGAAAAUGGACAUCUACAAGCGCCGGAGACCCGAGUGGAUCCGGCAGAGCAAGAUGAAAGCCAGCAACGAUGGCUUCCAGAGCUUCUCCGAGCUGGACGCGAAGACGGACACGGACGGUUCGAAGAAGACGCCGCUGCAGUUGGCGCGCGAGAGGCACGCCGCGAACAAGGCGCGCAAGGAGAAGAAGGAGCCCGAGAGGGGUCGGAGCACCACCAGUCGACACGCACAUGCCGCUGCUCGUCCUCCCACGGCUGCCGCGUGAAGCGAAAUUGUUCCACAAUCCCAAAAACCUGGGCCUUGCGCGCAAACUCAUGAAUGAGGAGACAAGUAAAAAGUGGAGACAGAUACACACACACACCCGACCUCUGCGGCUCUGCCCCCAGAUUUCCAGGUUUCGUCCGAGACCGGGAGCUGUGGGUGGGUGGGAGGGAGGAAGCUAAAAAUAAUGUCAUCAUUGUUUGGGGGGCGAAACAGCCAGCAAUUUUUUUUUUCCUUUGCCAGAUUUCUAAUAAAAAUAAAGCGUUGCUCGACGGCUUUUGUGCGACGCGACUUUUUCUUUUAAUCACACCACACAUUUUUCUUUCUUCUUUUUGAAGUCCCUGCUUCAGACUGACUAUACUGUAGAUCUGAAAAAUGACAGCGAAUGGCGAGACGGCGAAUUCCCAGGCGAAGACAAAUGGAGUGCAAUCAUUGCAGAGAGCAGAGGAAGCUGAGGAAGUGAGUUGAUCCCCAUACCAUAUGCAAUAGGUAGGAACUGCGCUAACAGAAUUGAAAUUGAAAUUCGACAGCUCCUCAACGCCGUGCAAAGACUCAUAAUAUCCUUCAUUCGCGCCGCCGACGAAGAACCUGAAGCCUCGUCCAAAUCUCAAGCCCAAAACAAACCGACGCGAUCCGUCAUAGUAGAACACCAUCCUCCCGAAGCACUGAAAGACCUCCUCAAAAUCAACCUUCCGCAACAGGGACUCGGCAAGGAAGGCUUUCUCCAGAUGAUCCGGAAAACCCUCCAAUACAGCGUCAAUACUUGGGACCAAGGCUUUCUCGAUAAGUUAUACGCCGCCACUACGCCUGUAGGAUUGGCCAGCGAUCUGAUCCUCUCCGCGCUGAAUACGAAUGUACACGUCUAUCAAGUCUCGCCUGCCCUGACGGUGAUUGAAAAGAAUGUGGGCAAGGCCUUGGCAGGGGUGUUUGGUUUCCGGGGAGAGAAUUCCGGAGGCGUGUGUCAACCCGGAGGCAGCGCGGCGAAUUCGAGUUCGAUUGUGAUUGCGAGGAAUUGUAUGUUUCCGGAAACGAAGCAGGAAGGCAAUGGGUCGAGGAAAUUCGUGCUCUUUACCAGUGAGCAUGGACAUUAUAGUUUGGAAAAGGCGGCGCAGAUUUGUGGGUUUGGGGCUAAGGCUGUGAGGGGUGUGGAGGUCGAUGAGAGGGGGAGGAUGAGGGUUGAUGCCCUCGAGGCUGCUGUGAGGAGGGCUAGGGAGGCAGGGGAAACGCCUUUUUACGUGAAUGCGACUGCUGGGACGACGGUCCUGGGGUCUUUCGAUCCGCUGGAGGAGAUUUCCGAGGUGUGUUCGAGACAUGGACUCUGGAUGCACGUGGAUGGAUCCUGGGGCGGUGCGGUGGGCUUCAGUCCCAGCCAGCGGCAGAAACUCCAGGGGAUCGCAAAGGCGGAUACGAUUUCCAUCUGUCCGCAUAAGAUGCUCAACGUCCCCUUGACGUGUAGCUUUCUGCUGGGCAAGGACCUGCGGCAGUUCCAUCGAGGCAUGACUCUGCCGGCGGGAUAUCUCUUCCACCAUACCGACGGCGACGAGGAAGUCUGGGACCUGGCAGAUCUGACCCCCCAAUGCGGUCGCCGCGGGGAUUCUUUCAAACUCGCCAUGAGCUGGAUCUUCUACGGCACCGACGGUUUCGCGGCCCAUAUCGAUCAUGCGUUUUCCGUCGCGGCUCAUCUCGCCGAUCUCGUGCAGGAGAAGGCUGCUUUCACACUGGUCUCCGAGAAGCCACCGCCUUGUCUGCAGGUCUGCUUUUAUUUCGAUCGGCGAGAGGGCGAUGCUGGGCGGAAUAGCAGGAUGACGGAGGCUAUCUGCAGGGAAUUGAUGCUGACGAGGGGGUUCAUGGUAGAUUUUGCACCGGGGGAGGAGGGGAAAUUCCUGAGGGUGGUGGUUAAUGGGCAGACGAGGAGGGAGACGGUGGAGGGGUUGGUGAGGGCCGUCGAAGAGGUGGGAACGGGGUUGCAGUUGUGA